UCAUUAUUAACCAAAUGCUGUGCUCUGAUUACGGUGCUUUUAUUUUGAAAGAAGUGUUCCGGAAGUGAUCGUGUUGUGUCAGCUGAUGGAAAAACAGACCGAACGAAACUAAAGUUUACAAAAAGUUUCUGUUUGGGUCAAAUAAAUAUAAAAGUGCUUAAAGUCUGGUGCAGCGUCAUCAGAGCCGACUGUGACGUGUUCCCCGAGGCUGUUAUCACCAUAUACCGUCUAUGGUAAUCACACACAGCGGUGUUAUCAGCACUUUAUGACCGGCAGAGAGCUGCUGUCAGCGGAUCACAGCUGAACUCUGACCCGGGACCUCUGGACCCUGCAGCCGCAACCUCAUACACAGUCUAUGGCCGCAGCCAGACCUCUGCAGGAUUUCUGCCGUUUCUGAGUUCCGAGUCCGAGUCCAGACCUGGUCCAGACAUGAAGAGGAGACUCCUCCUGGUGUCCAACUCCACCCUGCACGGCAGCGGCUACCUGGACCACUGCCAGCAGCACAUCUCACACUUCUUCGGAAAAGAUGUGAAAAGAGUUCUGUUUGUCCCGUACGCUCUCCAUGACAGAGACGCCUACACCAAGACCGCCAGGGACAAGUUCAAGAGCCUGGGUUACGAGGUGGACGGUAUCCACGAGGCGUCGGACCCCGUGGACGCCGUGCGGAAGGCCGAGGGCAUUUUUAUAGGAGGAGGAAACACAUUCAGACUGCUGAAGAGUCUCUAUGACAACAAGGUGGUGACGGAGAUCAGGAGGAGGGUGCUGGAGGACGGUGUCCCCUACAUGGGCUCCAGCGCCGGCACCAACGUGGCGACGAUCAGCAUCAGCACCACCAACGACAUGCCCAUCGUCUACCCGCCGUCCUUCAACGCCAUCGGCCUCGUCCCCUUCAACAUCAACCCACAUUACCUCGACCCCGACACCAACAGCCGCCACAUGGGGGAGACCAGAGAGCAGAGGAUCACCCAGUACCACGAAGAACCUGAUACUCCAUCUGUCCUGGGUCUGAGGGAGGGCUCCCUGCUGCUGGUGGAGGGGAACAAAGCCACACUGCUGGGAACCACCAGAGCCCGACUCUUCACCAGGGGAAAGCCCUCAGUGGAGUACCAGCCAGGAAGUGACCUCAGCUUCCUGCUGACACACUGACCAAUCAGAGAGGGCCAGGACAUUUCAUCAUGUCGUUCUGGAUGACACAGAAUAAAUAUUUUAAAGAAAUUAAGAUGUUUUCUGUCUUUAGAUUUAUGAAAUUGUGCGCUUUGACGGUUUAAUUUCAUUAAAA